AUGGUCAACUUCCGCAACUUGGCAGCCUCACUGGCCGCGGCCUCGGCCAUUGGCUCCGUCGUUGCUCACCCUGGCGAGGUUCACACUCCCGAGGAGGUCAAGCGUGAAAUCGCUGUCCACAAGGCCCAGCAGGUCAAGGCUCGCCGAUCCCUGGCCGAGUGCGCCAACUCUCCUGCCGCCAUUGCUCUCAAGGGGCGUGCCGUUGCCCGCCGUGCUGCCACUGCUCAGAAGCUCCGCGAGCAGCGUGGACUUACCAAGAAGUCUCUCCAGUCCAAGCGUGACCAGACUGCUUUGGAGCAGUGGAGCGCUGUUGACCAUGAUGUUUCCAGCACUGGAUACACUCUGGACACUCCCCUCGCCACCAUCUUUGACUCCAACUCGACCUGCGCUCUGGUCCCCGAGGUCACCAUUGGUCCAUACUUUGUCUCUGGCGAGCUGAUUCGAACCGACAUUACUGACGGCGAGUCUGGUGUUCCUCUGCACCUUGACCUUCAGUUUGUUGACACGUCGAGCUGCACUGCCGUCGAGGAUCUCCUGAUUGACAUUUGGCACUGCAAUGCCACUGGUGUCUACUCUGGUGUCUCUGCUUCGGGACAGGGCGGUCUCGACACGACCACUUUCCGUGGUGUUCAGGCUACCGACACUGACGGUGUUGCCCAAUUCGACACCAUUGUCCCUGGUCACUAUACCGGCCGUGCUGUUCACAUUCACCUUCUGGCCAGCGCCGACGACACUAUCCUCUCCAACGACACUUAUGAGGUCGGCUCUGUCCGCCACAUUGGCCAGCUGUUCUUUGACCAGUCCCUCAUCACCGAGGUCGAGGCCACUUCACCUUACAACACCAACACACAGUCCCUGACGGAGAACACCAGCGAUGGCAUCGCUGCCGAAGAGGCCACCUCCGACUACGACCCCUACGUCGACUACGUCCGCCUCGGCGACUCCAUCGAGGAUGGUCUUUUGGGCUUCAUCACCGUCGGCAUUGAUACCUCUGCCGACUACAUUGACUCGUACACUCCUGCUGCUCACUACGAGGAGGGCGGUGGCGUCGACACUGGAAACAGCGGUGGCGGUGGUGGUGGUGGCGGCGGUCCUCCUUCUCGCAAGUAG